UCUCCUUCGCCUUUCUUCUACUUCACGAGCUGACGAUCACCAAUUCACGCAUACAAUCGUCAAUUCAGCAUGGAGGAGGACUACUCUCAAUGCACUAAAUAUCCCUAUACUUUGGAGGAGAUAAACUCGAAGCUUCCUCCGAGAUUACGAUCUGCAGAAUCUUACCAUCAUAAGGAUAUGAUGACGGCUUACGAAUCCCCAAUCACUACCUUUACUGUAGGAAACUGGAAGAGGGAUUCUAACCUCAAAGGCGACUUGACUGCCUAAUUCUAUUAUGGCAUGAAGAAGUUUGUGUGGGAGUUUCUCAAUGGGCCUUUGAAGUGCAAAAUGGAAGUUUGUUGGUCUGAUAUCACUGCUAUUGAGGCUGUUAUGAUCCCUAAUCAAUCGGGAUGUCUUCGAAUUGAGUUGGCUAAGCCUCCUCUCUUCUUCCGUGAAAUCCCUCCUCAACCACAAAAUCGUACCACUUGGGAGCCGGCUGAUGAUUUCACUAAUGGUCAAGCCCAAUUUUGCAGGAAGCAUGAAGCUACGUUCCCUCCUGGAGCACUUGAUAAGCACUACGAGAAGCUUCUGAUAAGCGAUGGGCGUCUUGCUGAGCUCAGCCGCAGGCCCUUCCCGACCAAUGAAUCUGUUUUUCCCUUGCAACAGAUCCCACAACCGCAGCUCUCCCCAUCGGUUUCGCCAUUACAACACAUCCCAAAACAACAGUUUCACCAUUCUCUAAAUUCUAACAUCAUAGCAGCAUCAGCAUCAUGCAAUGGUGUCAACGGGAAUCGAAUCAACAAUGAGCCAACAUUUGUCGAUUCAUCAAGACAGGACCACCCUCUUGAUCUUGAUCAACGACUUUCCCAAUACAAUGAUAUGGCUGUCAACAGUAAGCCAACAUCUGUGGCCUCAUCGAGUCAGAACCCACUUGCUGUUCCUGCCCCCACAUUUGUCGAAUCAUCAAGACAGAACCAUCCUCUUGUCGUUCCUGAUCAACGACUUUAUCAACACAAUGAGCCAACAUUUGUGUGCCAAUCGAGCCAGAACCCUGUUGUUGCUCCUACCUCAACAUAUGUCGACCAAUCAUCAAGUCAGAACUCCUCUGUUGUUACUGAUCAGCACCUCUAUGAACGCAGCGAUACGUUUGUCCCCUUCAUUCCUCCUCCGGGUAGCUGCCGACCAAAAUUCCAUCAUGGCCCAAUUGAAGCACAAUAUUUGGUGCAAAAUGGUGCAGAUGCGGGUGAGCAGGCCUUGGCUGAGGCAACUAAUGGAUGCAAAUGCAACGUGUGAUAAUUUCGCAUGGUCGUCGAUCGAACUAUUUUAUAUGCUAAGUCAGGAAGAUCGUUGCAAUGAGCCAGUUGAAGGUGGUAAUGAAGCUUCAUCUAUUUCUCCUGCUCCACCAUCAAAAAGCCAUGAAGAGUAGUUGUGG